AUGGGUCCCAACAUUGUUGGCUUCAUUGGGGCGAGCGCAUGGAAAGAAAUCUACGGCAUGCACUCCCGGCAUCAGAUGGAAAAGGCUUACGAGUACUACCGUGAGACCCCAGAAGGCCCCAUCAGCCUUUUGAACGCUGGACCUGAGGAGCAUGCAAGACUACGAAAGUGGUUUGCGCCAUUCUUUUCCGACCGGGGAAUGAAGGAGCAGGAAAAAAUGAUCAGCGGUUACGUCGACCUUAUGAUCCGACGGCUAUCUGAGAACUCAGAGGAUGGAACCCGAGCUCUGGAUGUUCGUGACUGGUUCAACUUUUGUACCUUUGACAUACUCGGAGAGCUCGCCUUUUCCAGCUCUUUUGGCUGCCUCGAAUCAGCCAGAUAUCACCCCUGGGUCAAGAUUAUAGCCUUCCAGCAAAAAGAGAUUGAAUGGAUUGGCGAGCUCAAUCGUCAGGGCCUGCGUUUCAUCACAUCCAUAAUAAUGAAGGUUUUAGCAAAAAACAAGUUGGAGUUUAUGGGUUAUACAAUCGAUAAACUGAAUAAUCGCAUAGAGUUGGGCUCACGGCCCGACAUUAUCGAGUCGCUGCUUAACAACAAGGAGGGAAUUAAAAUCGAUAUGGAGCGACUCGUACAGAAUUCCACCCUCCUCAUCGCGGCCGGGUCUGAGACGACAGCCAUACUCCUGACUGCGACUACUUACCUUCUCCUGACGAAUCCUGAGGCUUACGACAAGGUCACCGACGAAGUGCGAAGCUCUUUUUCAGAUCCUUCAGAGAUUAACUUGACGUCGGUUAAUAAGCUUUCAUACAUGCUUGCUUGCUUGGACGAAGCCCUGCGAAUUUUCCCUGUAGUACCGUCAUGGCUUCCUAGAAGGGUGACCAAACACGAAGCUGUGAUUAAUGGCAACGUCAUUCCUCAAGGUACUCUUGUCGCCACUUGGCAAUGGCCAAUGUACCACAGCGAGAAGAACUUCUCCAAGCCACUAGAGUAUCACCCGGAACGCUUCCUUGGUGAUCCUGAAUUUUCCCGAGACAGACUGGACGCUGUGCAGCCCUUUAGUACAGGCCAUGCAGAUUGCAUCGGACGCAACUUGGCAUACUCGGAAAUGCGCCUGAUUCUGGCAAGGAUCCUCUUCAGCUUUGACCUGAAGCUUGCCGAUCAGGACUACAAUUGGAUCAAGGGACAGAAAGUCUAUAUUGUGUGGCAGAAGCCAUCGUUGCCAGUUUUUUUCAAGGCACGUACGUAA